ACCGGGCGCCGUCAGUCCGCUCGCCCUCGUGGCGCGCGACGGGAGCGUGCGACCCCUCGUGGAGCGUCGCCUCCCCCGCUCACCGCGGCGGGCACGGCCCGGGGACGGGGAGGCCCUCCACACCACGUGGCCGGCCGCGGACUCCCAUGCCCGCCGAUUUUUAAUCUCAGCGGCUCGCUCUCGCCUCGCCUGCGCGUCGCUUGCCAUCGAGACGCAACGCAGCGGCAUCCAUCACAUCACAGGCCUGCCGCUCCUCUCCACUCCAGUCUCCAUUCCUCCGCGACAACAGCCGAGAGCGAGACGAAACAGCUUCUCCGAGGCUCUAGAGACACUGCGAGCAGCGGCAGCGGCAAUCAACCCGCCUACGCGAAAUGUCCAUCUCGAUGCGCCUCGCGAUCCCAGCGCCCGCCGCGACCGUGGCGCCGCCGCGGCUGAGGGUGCGGGCGGCCGGGAACGCGGGCUCUCUUCCCGCCGCGCGCGUCGCCCUGCGGACGGAGACGGACGCGCUCAGGGGAUGCGCCUCGCUGCCCCUGAAGCCGCAGCCGCUCGCCGCGGGCGCGGACCAGCCGAGCCGGCGUCGGGGGGCGGCCGCCGUGUGCCACUCGUCGGCGCACCUGAGCGCGCGGACGAUGCAGUGGAUCUCCGCCGGGGCCAGCGCAGUGCUAUUGCUUGCUAAAGGAACAGCCAUACACAAAUCUUUCCUUGUGCCGUUUUUUGCUUUGCAAGCACCUUGCAGCAUAAUCUCAUGGAUCAAGAGUGAUUAUGGCCAAUGGACUGCUUUUCUUGCUCUGUUGGUGCGCUUGUUCUUCUUCAUUCCAGGUGAACUGGAGCUUCCGCUGUCAACAAUGCUGCUUGUGAGUGUUGCUCCUUACCAAUUGAUGAAUCUGAGGGGAACUCAAGGCGGUGCAGUGCUGUCAUUGGCCAUAGCUGGGUAUCUCGCAUUUCAGCACUUCACCAGGGUGGGAGGUCUAGGCAAAGCAUUUGAGCAGGGAUCGGUUAUUGCGACCUUGGCCAUUAUCUGCAUCACAGUCAUCCCCUUAAUGCUGCUAUUCUGAUCUGGACUAGGUUGGCAAGAGUUUGCCCCUCAUUGCGCAUGGAAUGAUGGAUAAAUAAAAAACUUGUAAUGCAACAUCCUUUCAGUCUUCCUAGUUCCUUUCCCCCAAAAAAGACUGAUCUGUUAUAUAGUCCGAAAAGUAUGUACUGAUAUAGCCUGAUGUUUGGCCUGGUAAUGUUGCAAUCCAAAAGAUUGCAUGAUACUCCGUA